UCUCUCUCUCUCUCUCUUUCACUCUCUCUGAAGCGAAUAAGCCAUGGCCUCUCUUGCUCGUGGAGCCGCAUCUCUAAGCCGCAUCGGUAUUUCCACCGCCAAAACGCCGAUUCAACUCAUCCACCGCCGUGGCCUCGCCGGAGCCGCUGAUCACCAUGGUCCCCCUAAAGUUGAUUGUUGGAAGGACCCAAUGAGCCCGUCUAAAUGGAAGGAAGAGCACUUUGUGAUUGUAUCCUUAGCUGGCUGGGGAUUACUCAUCUUUGGGGGAUACAAGUUUUUCAGUGGAGGCAAAGACAAGAAAGAAAAGGAAUUGGUGAAAGCAACAAACUAAGGUUUGUACAAUAUUUAAGAUCCAGUGUUCCUGCUAAUAAUGCGUGCGCCCGGACUUUUCCGAAAAUUUCUGAUUCAAGUCCUGUUCGAUGACAAACAAAUCUUGAGUUAUCCAUUAAUCUUUGCAGACAAUGAAUGUUGGCAGAUUUUUUUCCUGAAAAAGGUGUUACGUUUGACUUCAUAAUGAAAGCAAUUACUUUUAUUGACAUUAAAAUCCCGAAGGAAGCUAGGUUACGUAAUCAAUAUACUUGAAUAAUCCGAGUGCUAAGGCCGAAAAAAGCAUUCAGUUUAUCACUAAAGUAAUUGUUUUUCGUUAAGUUGAUAUUCGAUAAAUUAAUUGGGUGCACAGAUCCUAUAGGCCGUGCAAUUUCAGUAAGCCAUUGUGUUCUGCAUUGUGUUUUGAAUCCCAUUAUCACUUUUAUAUUCCUCCUCAAGCAUGAUCAUGAAAAGCCUGCGGACAGUGAAGUUCUUUGGGUGUUUAGGAAAGCCUGAUCAUUUGAACAACAUUAACUAAGGUCGUUUAACAAGUGUCAAUGUCAUGAAAGUUCCAAAGUUUGAGUAGCUAAAGAAAUUAAUUUAAAUGUAAACUGAAACACCUGAUAUUACUAAAUACAAACAUAAAGAGGGAAGUCAUGUUUUACUCACUUCCUCCUCCUAAGAUGAUACCCCAUUGCAUGUUGUAAGUUGAAAUGUUUCUAAGAACUCAGUUCAUGCCUACUACUCUAUUACACAACGACAUAGUAAAUACAGUUUAAUUACAAACCAGGCUGAAAUUCUGAUUCGUCUAUCUCUUCUUUGUAUUCGUCCUUCUCAUCUUCAAAUUCAGAUUGGGAUUCUUUAAAAUCAUCGUCAUCGUCCUCAUUACCCCUAUCAAUUCCAUCUCUUUCUUGCUUUUGUACAUCCAAAACCUCUAAUUUUUCAGGCUCUUCUUGAGCCAUGUUUGGUUUUAUUUGAUCAGCAUUCUUGUCUUCUUUGUUGAUAUGCUUCGUGCUCCAGUUUCGUUGGAUAAAUCUGUCCUCAUGAUCUUCUGACAAUUUGUGUUCAACCUGUCUUUGAUUUUCUGGGUAAAUGUUAAUUCCAUUAUUUGUCUCCUGGUGAUUUGUAUUAUUCACUCUCAUGUUACUGACAUAUCUGUUUUCAUGGUUUUGAGGCUUUAGUAAAUGGGCCUGUGGCUUGUCUUUUCUUUGGUCAUCAUCCUCCUUUCUCUCAUCAUUUCUUGCAAGCUUUUCCUCAUCAAAGAUUUUACCAAUUUUUAUAUCUGUCGACUCACCUUUCUCAUCUCUGUAAACCUUCCUAUUUCCCUUGUUUACCUUUCCAUAACUUUCAAAAAUCCCAUUGUUCUCCAUUAACCUAUUCUUGACAAUGGUUCUCCAGCGCUUCCCCUUUGUUCUACUUGCAUGGCCAUGUUUCCUCUUCACACCAGCCAAUUGUUUCACAUCAACAUCCUUACCUUCACCAUCUGUAUUAUUCACUAGUUGUGCCAGCUCCUCUUCUCUGAUUGCUUUAUUUUCUCUACCAUCCACCACUUCAUCCUCAAUAUCCUUUGCAGCAGCCACACCUGCACCACCACCAUCAUCUCGAGGCUCUUCAUUUUUCUUUCCUAGCUCCUGAUCAGUCCUAGUUUCAUCUUUUAUUUCAUCUGUAACCUCUUCAUCUUGGAACUUGUCAUCACCGUCAUAUUUGACACUGGCAGAUUCUCGUAAAUUUUCAUUUUCUUUAUUCUCGCUCUCAGUUUUAUCUUGUGCUGCCAUUGUUCCAUUUACUGUCACAAUUUCAGGAACAAUGGGCGAAUGAUCAUUGAUGCUUGACGGGUGUUUCUUAAAUGGAGUUUCAAGACGGCGCUUCAAGUCCUUUAUCUCUGCUUCCUUAUGCUUAAGAUUCUCUCUUAGUGCUAUUAUUUGAGAGCCUCCUUGUUCGACUUUGCUCCCUUUUUCUUGCAUUGUUCUGAGCUCAUUCUGAUUCUCCUCAAAUGCGGAUUCCAUCACUUUCUGUUCAUCUCUCAGCGAAUCCAAAGUGGAUUUCAUCUCUACAACUGUUCUAGCAAGCUCCGUCUUUUGACUUCUAAGGGAGUAUAUUUUCCCCCUCAUCUCUUCGUUCUUUCCUCUCAAUUCAUUGGUGCGAUCUCUUUCUUUCUAUAUGAUUGAAAAACUAAGAUUAAGGUAACAGAGACACAGCUGAUCUGAUUAAAGAACUUAACUACAACCUAAGAUUUUAAGCAGAAUUGAAUUGAAGGGUUAUUAAAAUAUGCAACAUCUAUAUUAUUCUUCAUCCUAUUUAGAAAUUUUUUCAAAAAAUGACACUGCUUCCCACAACAAAACCAAAGAGCAAAUGUUUAUUAUUGAAUUGGUGAUGGUUCAUUUUAUUUGAUUUGAAGUUUUCCUCCCUACGUAUCUGAUUAAUUCAUCUAGUGAGUAAGCAUUAAGAGAAUUGGAAAAUUAGAAAAGAUUGCGAAUUUGCUAUUGCUUCAAAAGUCCCUCAACACCCAAAACCCCCUUUUCUGGUGAACUAGGCUUUUAACAGCGUUUUGGAAAUUUUUUAAUGCAUGUUGCACAAUACGUGUCCUGAGGAUUGCAUGACACGUAAAAGUAAGCAGCAGAAACCAAGAAAGACAAGACUGAGGAGGGUUACUGACCUGCAAGAGAAGCUGAAGGGCAAGAAGUUGCUGAUCUCUCUCUUUGAUAAGAAGGUUGUAGAUGCGCCUCUCUCUGAGCUUGUGAAGCACCAUUACCCCAAGGAGUGCAGCUCCAAAUGUGAUCAGCAAUAUCAACACAUAAGACCUUCCUCUAUGACUCCCUCCACUGCUUCCAUGCAACCCCUUGUUGUAAGCCAUCCCUCUCUCCCUCCCCAAGAGGGUGAAGAUCAAGAUUUAAGAGCACUACCAAGUCAAGCAAGUAUAUAUGAAUGAAUGGCUUCUUUGGUUUUUCUAGUCCUUGUGAAGGGAAAUGAUGAAGAAUGAAGAGGCUUUUUCUCCUCUCUCUCUCUCUCUCUCUCUCUCUCUCUGUCUGUCUCAGAAGAGUUCAGAUGAUGGCUUAAUUAAAGUGCUUAUUUUGGGGUGCUUGUCAUGCAAAAAGAACGUGCCACCUACUCAUACCUGGCACUCUAUCCGUGGUUGCGGAGUUCACUAAGCUGAGAAUGCAUGGAAAUUGUGUCAGGGCGCUGAUUCUGGGACUGCAACUUUAUGUUUCCCGUGUUCUCCUUAUUUUCACUCUGUAAAUACUAAUAAGUGCUCCAUAAAAUUAAAAAUGAGGUUUUUUAAUAUAUAUAUAUAGGAUUAUUCUUUUAUAUAUGGCUUUUAGAAAUUAUAUAUUUGAAAAAAACCAUAUUUUUAUAAUUAAAAAAA